AUGGCCAAACCAAUUGUCCUUCACCUGGGUGAUGACAUCCGCUGGAAUCAUGAUCAAUACAAGAAGUUCCAAGACGCCUUUGACAUCCGCCGGUCCUACAGCAUGUCUCGGCCAGAGUUUAUCCGAGCCCUGAAAGAGCGUCAAUUCGGUGAUUUCUUUGCCAUCUACCGCCCAUUUUGGAAUACAGGCGGUGAGAUGGGAAACUGGGAUGAGGAGCUUGUCUCGCUACUACCAAAUUCCUGCAAGAUCUAUGCCAGUGCGGGCGCUGGGUUUGAUUGGGUUGAUACUGCAGCUUUGGCGAAAAAGGGGGUUAUUUACUGCAAUGCUGCAGCAGCCUGCACAGAAUCUGUUGCCGAUGCCGCUAUCUGGCUCAUAAUCUCAACAUUCCGUCUGUUCUCUUGGUCCCACAUCGCCGCACGUACACUGGACGCAGAUGCAUUUGUUGAUGCGAAUCGCAAUCUGGCAAUGGUGUCACACAAUCCCAAUGGACACACGCUUGGUAUCAUUGGAUUUGGUCAGAUCGGACGGCGCACAGCUGAGAAAGCCUUCCUGGCCAUGAAUAUGAAGAUUCAUUAUCAUGACAUCGUGCAAAUGCCUGCACACCUAGAAGCCAUCUCGAAAGCAACAUACCAUAAGAGCAUGGAUAGCCUCCUCGCUGUUUCAGACUGUGUCAUGGUCGCCACACCAUUUAGUGGGGAGACUCUUCUCAAUGCAUCGCUUCUGGCCAAGAUGAAGACUGGUGCUCGACUCAUUAACAUCGCCCGUGGUAAGCUGCUAGACGAGAAAGCUCUUGUUGAUGCACUCCGGAGCGGAAAGCUCGCUGCUGCUGGUUUAGAUGUGCACUAUGAUGAGCCAAAUGUUAGCCCGGAACUUGCUGCUAUGAAGAACGUUGAAAUGAUGUCUCAUAAUGCUGGUGCUUCGGUGGACUCACAUAUCGGGUUUGAGAGGUUGGCUUCGGUCGCGUGCGAUACUCCACGCCAACCAUCAUACCUCAACCCUCCUUCGUCCUUCACCACGCCUGGUGCCACGGCAAUCAUGAGUGGCAACCAGGCCAACAACUGGAUUACUGCUCGCCAGGUCCUUGAGCAGGCAAUCAUCAAUCUCCGGGACUGUAUCGACCACCGGGAGAUCCUGGCAAGCUCGCCCCCGGUCAACCUCGAUGAGUUCGAGGACUUGAGCACCCACAUCUGGGAGACCCGGGUGGAGCUUGCCCAGCAGAUCCGGCGCUUCGGGGACGCCCGAAGCGCCGCCAUGCUGGUCAACUUCUACCACCGGUUGAUCGGCACAAUGCCCAAUAACGAGGGGCGCAUCCCCUGA